AUGUUACGCGUAACCAACUUCACCAAGCACGUGAACCUCUUCAUCGGCACGGAGGGCCCGAUCCCUGGUCUUGCUUGGAACGCUGGCAAUGUCUUUCCCGGAGCAUCUUUGCCCUUCGGCGCCGCCAAGGUGGGCAUCGACACUACCAGAUUCAACUACUCCUUCUCAGCCAAUGCAGGCUAUACGCCUGACGGCAACGUGACUGGAAUUUCACUCCUGCAUGUUAGUGGAACAGGAGGGGCGCCCACAUAUGGCUUGAUCCCACAGAUGCCGCUCACGACGCUCGAGAACGUAAAUCUGUUAGAUAAUCUCACGUAUAUGCAACCGCGCGUGGUGAAGGAUGAAGCUCAAGUCGGAUACUACAAGACGCAGUUGCAGAACGGAGUGACAGCUGAGAUCAGUGCCAGCAUGCACGCUGGCAUUAUGAAGUACCAGUUCCCUGAGGACGGCGACGGAAAGUACGUCUUGGUGGACGUAAGCCACUUCCUGCCAGGCAUGGGCAAGAAGGAACAGCAAUAUAGCAAUGGAUACCUCGAGCGCAGCGAAGACGGAGCCUGGUAUUCUGGCUACACCGUCUUCAGAGAGGGAUGGGCGUGGGGCGGAGACUUCCGGGUGUACUUCUGCGGACAUUUCGACACCACUCCGUCAAAAUCUCAGUUAUUCUGGGGCAAGAACACUGACCCAUUUUGGCCAAGUGCAACAGAUGUCAAACCCAACUUUACAAAUGACACCUUUCUGAAAGCUGGGGCGGAUAAUUACCAGUACGGAAAUCGCAUCGGAGGACUUUUCGAGUUUCCCGGAGACGCCUCUACGGUCACUUCCAAAGUAGGAGUCUCGUGGAUCUCUGCAGACAAGGCCUGUAGUUUUCUCGACGAGAUCCCUGAAUGGGAUCUUAAAACGACCGCGCAGUCCGCUCGAGACAACUGGAAUUCCGAGGUUCUCUCGAAGAUCAACGUGACCACCACCAACGACACUCAGUUGCAGAUGUUCUACACGGCAUUGUACCAUUCUCACCUCUUGCCCUCAGACCGGACUGGCGAGAAUCCCAACUGGGACUCCGAGGAGCCCUACUACGACGAUUUCUAUACGCUCUGGGACACGUUCCGAACUCUCCACCCAUUGAUCACCCUGAUCCUCCCCGAUCGCCAGACAGAUAUGGUUAGAGCUCUGAUUGAUAUCUGGCGCCACGAGAGAUUCCUGCCCGAUGGACGCAGCCGCAACUACAACGGCAGAGUUCAGGGCGGUUCGAACGCUGACAACGUGUUAGCUGACGCAUACGUGAAGGGUUUGAAGCAAGGUAUCGACUGGGCGGACGGAUACAAGGCCAUGAAGACGAAUGCUGAGGUCCAGCCUCCCAACAAUCUGGACUGGGAGGAUCUCACUGGAAGCACUAAGGAGGGCCGAGGCGCCUUGUCGGAUUGGAUCAAGUAUGGUUAUGUCACGCCUGACAAGGGGAGGUGUCUGAGCAAGACGGUCGAAUACGCAUAUAAUGAUUUCUCCGUCUUCCAAGUCGCCCAGGGAGAAGCCCCUCAGGAGGCAACCAGGUAUCUGAACCGAUCAGCCGGAUGGCAAAAGACGUGGUCACACAACACCUCAGCGCUCAACUUCACCGGAUUCUUGGCACCGACAUACGGAAACGGCACGAUCCAGCCGUACAGCCCCCUGACAUGCGGACAAUGCAGUUGGAGCGCGAUCACGUACGAAGGCGUGCCCUGGGAGUACAGCCUGGGUUUCCACUUCGACAUGGAGACCCUGGUGUCAUUCAUGGGCGGCGCAGAGAGCAGCGAGGCGCGCCUGGACACCAUGUUCAUCAAGGGCCUCUCCGAGUCCGAGCAGAGCAACAACGACGCCGGCACCACCAUCUUCAACCCGGGCAACGAGCCGAGCUUCAUGACCCCCUUCCUGUACAACUACCUGCCGCAGAGGCAGCACAAGUCGGUGCAGAGGUCCCGCGGGGUCGUGGAUGAGUACUACACGGACGGCCCGUCGGGGAUCCCCGGGAACGACGACGCGGGAUCCAUGAGCUCGUGGCUCAUCUGGAACAUGGUUGGGCUGUACCCCGUUGCUGCUCAGCCUCUUUACCUGAUCCUCGCGCCGUGGUUCGAGGAUAUCAGUAUCACUCUGGGCGACUCAGGGGGUGUGGUUCGUGUUUUGGCUGAGGGGCUGGAGAAUGGUCCAUAUGUUCAGGAGCUCAAGGUCAACGGGCAGCUGUGGACCAAGAGCUGGAUCAGCCAUAGUGAGCUCACCGGGAACGGGACGGGGAGCGUAUUGGAGUUCCAGCUUGGGCCGGAACAAACCAGGUGGGAUACUGGAGACGUGCCACCCAGUCCGGGGCACUUGCUGCUAUAA